AUGGAAGCAAUAUUAGAUGCACAAGGGCUCUGGGAGACAAUAGAGCCCGAGGAAAAGGCUGUCAUUGAUGCGAAGAAGAGCAAGACAACUCGUGCAUUUAUAUUUCAAGCGAUCCCUGAAGAAAUUAUCUUGCAGGUGGCAAAGAAGAAAACCGCGAAGGAGGUUUGGGAGUCGUUAAAAACACGUUAUGUGGGAGUUGAACGUGUGCAAAAGGCUCGCCUACGGUACAAAAGUGAGUUUGAAGCACUCCGUAUGCGAGAAGGAGAAACUAUUUAUGAGUAUAGUGGAAGGUUGUCGGCUAUGAUAUCAAAAUAUAAACUUGUUGGUGCGAUUUUGGAAGAUGAGGAAUUGGUGCGAAAAUUGUUCGAUACGGUGACUGAUAAAUUCAUUCCCAUGAUGGCCGGUGCGAAACAAUUUAUUAAAAUGGAGGAGAUAGAAAGUCAAGGUGGUGGUAAAAGCAACAACAAAUGGGGUGGUAAUCGAGCAUGUGGCUCAAACAGUGAACGUGGAGGCAAGACUGGAUCAAGAGGCAGAGGGUCCUCGCGAGGAAGAGGCUUUCGUGGUUCAAGUAGUUCUUUUAAUGAGUUUAGUAAGAACUACAAAGCACGUGACAAGAAGAAUGUCAAGUGCUACAAUUGUCAAGGUUUCGGUCACUAUGCCGCCGAGUGUAAGAUGGAAAAGAAAACUGAACCUGAGGCACAUCUUACAAGAGAUGACGACGAUGAUGAGCCGACCCUCAUGUUAGCUGUAGCCGGAGAAUGGGACGAUGAGUUUGUAACGUUGGAAGAGCCGAAAGUAUUUCUUCAACAAGAGAAUGAACAUGAGGAAAGAAGAGAUUUGUGGUACCUUGACAAUGGACCAAGCAACCAUAUGACGGGAAGAAAAGAUGUCUUUGCUGAGUUAAAUGAGAAUGUAACCGGGAAAGUUCGAUUUGGUGAUGGGUCCAGGGUGGAGAUUAAAGGCAAAGGAACCAUUUUGUUCCAAUGCAAGAAUGGAGAUCAACUUACCAUUCGUGAGGUAUAUUAUAUUCCAGCUCUUACUACCAACAUUUUAAGUCUUGGGCAACUCACUGAGGUGGGUUAUGAUGUAUGUAUGCAUAGAGAAUUCCUAAAACUUUAUGACAUAAGAAAUAGAUUGGUGAUGAAGGUUGAAAGAAGUAAGAACAGGUUGUAUAAGAUCAAGUUAUCAACCACAAAACCCGUCUGUUUGUCUGCUUGUUUAGUUGAAGAUGAGUGGUUAUGGCAUGCACGCUUGGGGCUUGUAAACUUUCAAGAUCUGGAACUCAUGUGA